AUGCGGUUCCACUGGCGUGAACAGCAUAUCUGGGUCGCCUCGACUAACCGUGGUGGCCGGAGGAAGCAGCCAGCGGGACGAGGCCAUCCAUGGCUUCGACGGACCCAGUGGGCCGUGUAUCUUCAGGGGAUCAAUCCGCAAGACAUUAUUAACAAUGUCCAAACACCUGACGCCGAGUCGCUCAAGGCCACUGAGCAGGCUGCAUGCGUCAUCUGGGACUCGACGGCUACGGUGGCUCGAAUUAGCCGGUUAAGUUGUACUUCGAACCGGAGCGGUCCGUACGGAGCGGGAUUGGCUACCGCAUCAGCCGCUGCAAGCUUAUAUGGACGUCAAAAACAUCGAGAGACAUACGCUCCCGUGGCAGCAGAUCCUGAUGUUUUCAUUCGGACGCAGGCCCCGCACGAAUUGGCCAGUCUACGAUAUCGGUUUUCGCAACGCCAGCGGGCGGCUUGGAACUCGCUGUGGCGACUCGGCUAG